CCUUUAAAUCUGACGGAUUCUGCACUCGAAAACGAGGCUGGAUGUGGCGUAUUUUCUCUGUAUCACUGUAUAUCUUUAACAAUUGAAGACGAAAAGUUUAUGAAGCGAAAAAUUGAAUUUAUAUUCACUGAUAUCGAGUUUCAAAUACAGAAGUUAUUUCGGAAAGAAAAGUUUUUUAUAGAUAUUGUUCGCGUCAAAUUGGUUACUUUAAGAUUCAAGAAUAUGUGAUCGUAGAAAAAUAAAUUAAAAUAUUUUGGAUUAACUUUCCACUUGUCAAUGAAUCAUUUCUAAACCUAUUAAAUAUAAAAAGUAUAAAUGGAAAAAAAUAGCUAGAUAAAAUGUGUUUAAUUGUGUUUCCAUUAUAAUCAAGAAUUGCAUUUUUAUUCCAUUUAAACCACCAAUGACUUUUUAAUUCUAAAGAGUUUAUUAAACUUGAACUAUGGAUUUGUUAUCUGUGAUAAUUUGUAUCAUACUUUGUAUAAAGACAUCAAGCAGUCAAGACCCUGUUGAAGUUAAAGCUGAUGAGUAUCCGGAGGCUUUCGUUUUGAACCCGGAGUUGUACCUGGUCGGUGUGAUACAGGGUGACAGACCUGAAACAUUAAUACAAGUCAGGAACUUUUGGCGAAAUCAAGUUACUCCCGACAGCUCCUUCUUAAUCAGAUGGGAUUCACGUAUUUCAACAUUGUUCUUGAUCAUUUGGACACGUGACCAAAGGCAGUUUCAAUCAUCGUUUAAAUUGGACCCACUAGUGACUGGAGAUCAUGACUUGAUGAUUCAUCUGUCAGAAUUAAACAAGAAUACAAAUAAAGUGCGCCUGUUCGUAGAUUGCCAGCCUAUAUUGGAAGAGGAAAACACAGAAAUUCCCAUCAGAGAUGCGUUUAUGGGCAGAAUCAUUGUGGACAGUCAUGAAAAACUAAAAUUUUACUCACGGGUGGACUUACAGGAAAUGCUUCAAUACCUUGACUGUGACCCGAUUGAAACUAUUUCAAUAUCGACAAUUCCGAUCUUCCCAGACUGGUUACGAAAUAGAAAACAGCAGAACCUUGGAGUGACUAACGUUCGUAUUGUUCCGGCCGGAAACCGUAUAAGAGAAGAAGCACGUGAUACUCGCGAUCGUAGAACUAACCAGAUCCCUCAGUCGGAUCCUAUGUUUUAUACGUUAAGUCAAUCAUUAAGGGAGCUAACUCAGGCUAUACGAGUUAUGCAGAGAGAUAUGCAGUUACAAUCUCGUGAAACAAGACAACUUCACGAAGUUCUCAGACAGUGCGAGAUGUGCAGAAGACAGGAAAGAGUCGUCCCAGCUAGACAGGUUACAACGUGUCGGAACAAUCCGUGUUUUACCGGCGUCACGUGUCAAGACACAGAACGAGGCUACAGAUGUGGAGAAUGUCCGCGUGGUUACUAUGGAGAUGGAGCAAGAUGCGCAAAAAUACCAACAUGUGCCGAUAAUCCAUGCUACAGAGGUGUAAAAUGUUUCAACGUUGGAGACAGUUACCGGUGUGGACCGUGCCCAGCUGGACUCACAGGUGACGGACGCCGCGGAAACUGCAGGGUGGCAAGAGUUGGUUGUGAGAGCAAUCCUUGUGCCAAGGAUGUAAAAUGUAUUGACACACCCGAGGGAUUCCGAUGCGGUCCGUGUCCGAGGGGAUACGAAGGAAAUGGCACAGAUUGUAAGGAUGUGAAUGAGUGUAUGUUUCACAAUCCGUGCUACAAUAAGAGUUUGUGCACGAACUUUGUUGGUGGUUUCCGGUGUGAAGACUGUCCGGUGGGAUAUAUCGGGGAGGAUGUAGAGGGAGUCGGACUUGAAGAGGCCAAAACAAUGAAACAGACAUGCAGUGAUUUGGAUGAGUGUGCAUUGUCGCCACCUAGCGGUCCGUGCGUUGAAAAUUCCGAGUGCUUCAAUACAGUUGGAUCUUACGAAUGCGGAAAAUGUUUAAUUGGGUAUGCCGGAAACCAGACAAUCGGAUGUCUUCGGAGAGUUACGUUAUGUCCAGAUCUAACCGAAUGCAGCGAAUAUGCAAGAUGUUUACCAAGUGUGGUAUCGGAAGGGUUUGACUGUCAGUGUACGGUUGGUUACGCUGGUGACGGGAAGAUAUGCAGCCGGGAUACAGAUAUAGACGGUACACCUGAUGAUGCCAUACCGUGUACCGACAAACGUUGUCGCAAGGACAAUUGCCCUACAGUACCAAACAGUGGUCAGGAAGAUGCGGACGGUGAUGGUCUGGGUGAUGCAUGUGAUCCAGAUAAAGAUAACGACGGCAUUCCAAACUCUCCGGAUAACUGUCCGUUCCAUGUAAAUCCAGACCAAAGCAAUACGGAAGAGGAUCCGGACGAGUCCGGCGACGUUUGUGACAACUGCCCGGAGAUUCCGAACCGUAAUCAAGACGAUACGGACAAUGACGGACUCGGAGAUGCAUGCGAUCCGGAUAUGGACAACGAUGGAAUUUUAAAUGAAGAAGACAAUUGUCCUAAGAAAGCAAACGCCGACCAGAUAGACACUGACGGUGACAAUGUGGGUGACGCCUGUGAUAAUUGCCCUGACACACAGAAUCCAGACCAGCUCGACACUGACCAUGACCUUCUAGGUGAUUUGUGUGACAGUAACAAUGAUACGGAUAAAGAUGGACAUCAAGACACAUUUGAUAAUUGUCCAAACGUGACGAAUGCCGACCAACGUGACUCGGAUCGUGACGGAUUAGGAGACGCUUGUGACGAUGAUGAUGAUGGCGACGGUGUCCCGGAUGUAGAUGAUAACUGCCCGUAUGUUGCAAACUCUGAUCAAAGAGAUGACGACGCUGACGGUGUGGGAGAUAUAUGUAAGGAUGAUUCGGACGGUGAUGGGUAUCCGGACAGUUUUGACGUAUGUCCAGAAAAUGGAGAUCUUUAUGCCACUGACUUCCGGGCUUUUCAAACGAUUAUUCUUGAUCCAGUUGGGGACUCUCAGAUUGACCCGAACUGGGUUAUCUUUAAUGAUGGUGCAGAAAUUGUGCAGACUCUUAAUAGUGAUCCUGGUAUUGCAGUCAGUUAUAACGGAUUUAAUGGCGUAGAUUUCAGUGGAACUUUCUUUGUUAACACGGAUGUUGACGAUGAUUAUGCUGGUUUUAUAUUCAGUUAUCAAGACAGUGCCAGUUUUUAUGUUGUCAUGUGGAAGAAAGCUCGCCAGACUUAUUGGCACUCAACGCCGUUCCGUGCCGUAGCUGAACCGGGUAUUCAGCUAAAACUAGUAAAGUCAAAUACAGGUCCAGGUGAAGUUAUGCGGAAUGCUUUAUGGCAUACAGGAACUACACCAAACCAGGUAAAGUUAUUAUGGACAGAUCCAAGAAAUGUGGGAUGGAAGGAACGUGUGGCCUACCGAUGGGAAUUGAUUCAUAGGCCAGCUCUUGGACUUAUUAGGGUAUUUUUAUUUGAAGAGACUAACCUUGUAGCUGAUUCUGGUAAUGUGUAUAACAAUGAACUUCUUGGUGGACGACUUGGGGUGUUCUGUUUCUCCCAAGAAAUGAUAAUCUGGUCGGAUCUUGUUUACAGAUGCAACGAUUACGUACCGCCCGCCAUGUUAGAGGAAGGGGCAGCACCGUUACCUGUCGAGCCCGUCAAUGGUGAUGAUGCCGAUGAACCGGACGCUACGGAAGAUAUUCCGACCAAUGUAAGAAAAGAGAAAAAGAAGAAAAAUCGAAAAAGAAAGAAUAAAAACCGUGCAGAAACGGAGACGGUAGAAAAUUCAGAUGUUACAGAGGCGACACCCGUGAAAGUAUAGAAAUUAUCUGGUGUAUAGAGAAAAAAUUCUUACUUGUUCUUAUUUCUCUAGUCAUUUGCAAUCUUAUGGAUAACUUCAGCGUGUUUUUAUAUAUUUUAUAUACUUUCAUAAGGGUUUUUAAAUGGUGUAAAGAAUAAAGUAAAGCCUGUCAUUGGACGAAUGUGACUUAAGCUAUACUCAGUUCAUUUCAUGAACGACUGAUUUGUUUUCUUUGUACUAUUCUAAGAUUUUGCAUAACAGUAAGUAGUCUAUGCGUGAGUGAAUGUCACAGUUGCAAGAUGAAUUUUGGUAACUAAUUUGAUAGUAUUGAAAAUACUUAUCUCCUUUAUAAAUUGAUAGGUAAUUUUGAAAAAACAAGAUGUAUAUUUUUGUAUAAUUAUGUGUAAACUGUUGAAUAUAUACUGUCGAUAUAUUUCGGACCAUUUAAAACUAGAUCUUUUUUCGAUUGAAAAACAAAAAUAUUUAUUUAAUAUUGUAACUUUUUUAAGUAAAAUAGAAUAUAAUGUAUUGAUUUUGAAAUGAUAUAUUUACCAUAAGUACGCUAUUUACAUUGUAACUAUCAGUAUUUGACAUAAUCAAUGUUUCCAAAAGUACAUUUAUUUCAAACAAAGACAGUGAUGAUUGUACUGGAUUCCGUUAUGGUCAUUCCUCUUUAAAUGAAAAAAUAUGAAAACUUAACUACAAAAAUAAAAAGUUAGAAGACGAAAUCGCAAACUAACAAUGAAAAUAACACGCGAAAACAUUAUUACAAUGAGAUGUAGUUUCGCGUUUUCAUUAUCGCAUUUUGGGGUUAUUGUCAUCUAGAUGUUGUUGUUGUGUUGUUGUCAAUCAUGCUUAAUAAAUUAAGUAAUAUAGCUUUUCAGAUUUUUUCAUUAUUAAUAAGCGGUUGCCGUAGCGGAAUUUAGUAUAUAUAUCUACUCGGGUACUUGCUCGUGCCCGAAAUAAUGCAUGAAGUUUGUGUUUACGAAAUAGAUUCAUGCUAGGUACACAGUGUGGCCAAAGUAUUCGCUGAUGAUAUGUAUAUAAACUGGUAAACUAUCAAGGAAAAUGGUGUGCAUAACGUAUAAAAAAAUAACCAAUUGUUUACAUUACAUUAUAUAACAUGUAAUUAAUAAAUCAAGAUUGAUGUCAAACAUUUUAUGAGAAUAAAGUAUACUGGUAACGUUA